AUUCGCGCCAUUAUAUCAAAAAAACUAAACCACCAUUUAAAGUCAUCAAUUCCCCCUUUCUCAUCAUUUGCAAGAUCCCAAAAUUCUGCUGAAAAUUCAGUUUUCAGGGCUAUGGGGAUAAGGAAGGAUCGUGGAAUCGUAAUUAUGAUUCCGUUAAUUCUCAUUUUCUGCGCUGAAUCAAGUUACUCGGCUAGAUCGAAGCAAGAAAUCAGGGAUGAAUUCUUCGGCGAUCUAAUUCAUAAUACGACGACCACGGAAGAUGGAGACGCUAGCAUCGCCAAGAUGUUUGAUCGUGUGCUGGAGAAAGAGUUCUCAGAGACUGAUAAACCUGAAAGUUCUGGGGAAAGCAGUUUCAACAGCAGUGUGGCAGAUCAGCAGGCUGAAUUGGAGACUGUUGCUAAAAUCACCCAUGAGAAGAUAAAGAAAAAUGAGAGUAUUGAGGCUAAUGGUACCAAACCUUUCCAAUUUCAAGAUGUCUUUUCUCUUGAAACUGAAGAUUCUGAUGAUGUGGAAACUCUGAUAGACAGAAAGGAUAAUGUGUUUGUGAUGUCAAACAAGAAAUCAAAGUACCCAGUGCUUCAAGUAGAUUUCAGGCUAAUUUCAGAUUUGGUGGUUGUGAUAGUCUCUGCUGCCACUGGUGGAAUAAUCUUUUCCUGUUUAGGCCAACCGGUCAUUGUUGGCUAUCUUCUUGCUGGAUCAAUUAUUGGACCUGGUGGUCUGAAAUUUAUAAGUGAGAUGGUGCAGGUUGAGACUGUUGCACAGUUUGGUGUUGUAUUUCUUCUAUUUGGCUUGGGACUUGAGUUCUCUUUAGCAAAGCUUAAAGUUGUCGGUCCUGUUGCUGUUCUUGGUGGAUUGCUUCAGAUAAUCAUUCUUAUUUUCUUGUGUGGCAUGACUGCAUUGUUAUGUGAAGCAAAGUUAUCCGAGGGUGUAUUUGUUGGUUGUUUUCUUUCAAUGUCCUCAACUGCAGUGGUGGUGAAAUUUCUGGUUGAGCAGAACAGUAGCAAUGCCCUUCAUGGUCAAGUGACUAUUGGAACACUUAUUUUUCAGGACUGUGCUGUGGGGUUGUUAUUUGCUCUACUCCCUGUUCUAGGCGGCAAUAGUGGCCUUCUCCGAGGAAUGAUCUCCAUGGGAAAAUUGCUACUCACUCUAUUCAUGUACCUCAUCGUGGCUUCCAUAUUGACUUGGUCUUUCGUUCCUCGGUUUUUAAAGUUGAUGAUGCAGUUAUCAUCCCAGACAAAUGAGCUCUAUCAGCUGGCUACUGUGGCAUUCUGCUUGAUAUCGGCAUGGUGCAGUGACAAACUGGGACUCAGUCUUGAAUUGGGUUCAUUUGUGGCUGGGAUCAUGAUAUCCACUACCGAAUUUACACAGCACACCUUGAACCAGGUGGAGCCGGUUCGUAACUUAUUUGCUGCUCUCUUCCUGUCUAGCAUCGGAAUGCUCAUACAUGUGCAGUUCCUCUGGGCACAUGUGGAUAUAUUGCUUGUGUCGGUAAUACUGGUUGUGGUAGUUAAGACAACUGUUGCUGCUGGCAUCACAAAGGCCUUUGGCUAUAAUCUUAAGGCAUCAAUUGUUGUCGGAGUAUUACUGGCACAAAUUGGAGAGUUUGCGUUUGUUCUCUUGAGCCGUGCCUCAAAUCUGCAUAUCGUUGAGGGGAAUAUGUACCUUCUCCUUCUGGGAACAACAGCACUCAGUCUUGUCGCAACUCCCAUCUUAUUCAAAUUGAUACCUGCUUUGAUGCAUCUAGGGGUUCUUAUGCAUUGGUUUCCUUCAGAGGCAAUUGACAAGGAGGAUAAAAUCCCAAUUGUUCGAAGCACGUGACGCAUUUGCAAGCACCCGGUCGAGCAUGAAGCUUAACAGUAACAGAGCAUGAGCAGUUGUAAAACACAGUCUAACUAGCAAGAUUAGAUUCAAGCAUAGUUAUGAUGUAAGAAUCUUACAUUCUUUGCGUACAUAUAUAGAGCUUUGAAUUAGAGAAAUAGUAUUUGAAGUUGUGCUGUUUAUAGUUCAGCUAUUAUUCAGUACUAAAUAUUGGCCUCUUGUGUUGUGUCGCUCACAUUCCUAUCAUUCGCGUUUGAUCUACGUUAGCAUUAUUAUUUGGAGUAUUAUUUUACUAGUACAAUUUUUUC